CCCAGCCCGCAGGAGCAGGAAGGUUCCCGAGGUGCCCGGCCCGCCCCCAGCCCGGUAGAAAAGGCGGCGCUGGGGCUGCCGCAGCCAGUGAGCAGCAGCCCCGCAGGGAGCCAGGCAGAGGCAGCUCCAGCAGCAGCGUCUCAGCAGCUGAACUCGGACCAGCCACUCCCGGCCCCGCGCAGGAUGUUCCCGCUCCGAGUGUGGCAGUCGCCUGACUAUGGCCCCGUGUGGCUUCGCAGCAGAGCCCCAGUGUCCAGCCUCCUGGGGCCGGGUCCCCACAGCCUCUGGGACCAGCUGGUGGGGGACGUGCAGACGCACCUGGACGAGAUGGAGCGAAUGAGACACUCCCUCCUUCUGGCUUAUCCCCUUCUCUGCGGGGAGGGCGAGGGGAGCAGGACCCCGAGGCAGAGCAGCCAGACCCUGGCUGAGGGUGCUGGGAAGGAGCCCGGGUCCCAGGCGCAGGGGAAGGAGAGGUACCAGCUCUCCAUGGACGUGAGCGGCUUCUCCCCAGCUGAGCUGAUGGUGAGAGUGGACGGGAGGAAGCUGUCGGUGACGGGGAAGCAUGAGAAGAAAACGGAGUCGGAGGCUGGAGUCCGCUCCCAGGAAUACAGAGAGAUCCGCAGAGAAACUCUCCUGCCGGAAGACGUGAACGUGCAGGCCGUGCUCUGCUCCCUGUCCCAGGAUGGGCAGCUCUGCAUCGAGGCGCCACGUCUGGCCCUGCCAGCAGCACAAGGCAGAGACGUUCCCAUCAGUGUGUGCCAGGGGGUGAAGGCAGGAGAAGGAAACCUGCCCACGGAGGGAAAGGAGCCGGGGAGCAGCGAGAUGGAGACAGGAGGAGAGAGCGAGGUGACCGGCCCCAGAGAUUCCUGAAAGCAGGAACAAAGUUGAACAACUAUGGGACUUCUCUGUAUUGUCCACUCAGCGUAGCUUGUGCAGCAGAUGAUAUUGAUUCUAACACUCCUGUGCCCAUUCCAGGCCUUUCAGAAUUUAUUCCAGCUGUGCUGGAACAAUUUGUAUAGGGGGGUAUUAACAGUCACUGAAUCAAACUGUAACCCCUUGUACAUGAUGGAAACCACUUCACACCACGGAGUGAAGCCGUGUCCCUAGUUCCAGCACAUCUGAUUUACUCCAUGUGAUUCAUUCACUCUGUGAGAAGUGACUGUGCCACCUUUCCUGGUUGCUCGUUGUUGGUGUCUGACGUACAUAAUGUUACCGGUCAUUAUUGUGAAAAAUAUUCAUUUCUAAACUGUAAAUUGUUGCUGGGUGCUGCCUGUGUCUGUCUAACUGCUGCAAAUAAACCCACCUCUUUGGC